AUGUUCGGGGGAAAGAAGUGGUUUACAGCAGAGGAGGCAGCUGCCAUAUUGGUCGAAAGACCAAAUGCAGAUAUUGCGUCCUCUUCUGAAAGCGAAGUCUCUGUGGACUCUGAAGCUGAGGAGGCUUUUCUCGAUGGAUGGGAUCCUGAUCUUGAACUAGAGCCAGAGUCAUCUGACUCAGAUUGGCAGCCAAAGGCAAAGUGGCCCAGGAGGACCCCAAGGACUGUUGAGGAGGAGGAGAAGGAGGAGGAGGAGCUGGAACCCCAACCCUCUACCUCCACACAGCCUGCAAGACAUGGGAGGGGGAGAGCCAGAGGAAGAGCCAGAGGAAGAGCCAGAGGGAGAGCAGGAGGAAGAAGCACUCCAGAGCAGAGUUCUGGACCUGAAGGUGCAUGGCAAGGCACUGAUGUGGAGGACAUCACUCCUGAACAGCCAUCCUUCCGCCCAGCACGCACACCUGGUAGCCAGAUCGUGGGUGGUUUACAAUACACAGUUCUACAGUUAUUUAGUUUGUUCAUGACCAAUCAUAUACUACAAGUCAUUGUGAACAAUUCCAACAAGUUUGGAGAAACUGAACACUCAGACACCUUUCAGAGGAUCACCAUGCCAGACAUGAUGUCAUACUUGGCGAUGAUUAUCUACAUGGGACUAAUCGAGACACCGAACAUCACUGACUAUUGGAGAAGAUCUGAGUUAUACGCCUUUUCUUUUCCACCGAGUGUGAUGUCAGGGCGCAGGUUCAAAGCCAUCUCGCGCACCAUCCACCUCAGUGACCCUGCCGACGACGCUGCCAUGAGCCAUGAGGUUAGGCAGGUGUGCAUGGCGAAUUACCACCCCCGCCAGUGUGUUUCCAUUGAUGAGAGGAUGGUCGCAUCCAAAGCCCGCAGCGGACUCCGCCAGUACAUGAAGGAUAAGCCUGUGAAGUGGGGUUAUAAGCUGUUUGUGCUGGCGGAUUCCACCAAUGGUUACACCUGGGACUUCUUCGUGUACAAAGGCAAAGGAUCACAAAUUGUCAAGGGGCUCAGUUAUGACUCCGUAAUGCAGCUUGUGAAUACACAGGUGCUUGGUACCGGGUACAGGUUAUUUGUGGAUAACUUUUACACAAGCCCAGAUCUCUUUCGCGACCUGCUGGCAAAGAAGAUCUGGGCCUGCGGUACCAUUCGCCAACAGCGUAUUGGGUUCCCCAAGGACAGGCCAGGCGGGCUUGAGAGGCAGGCUCCCCGGGGCACCAUUCGCUGGAUCCGUGAGGGGCCCGUGGUGUUUGUUCAGUGGAGGGACACCAGGGAUGUGCUGAUGUGUUCCACAAUCCAUGCAGCACAUGGAGAGGAUACAGUCCAGAGAAAGAUCAAGGGGGCAGAUGGGCAGUGGUCUGUACAGGAUGUCUCCAUCCCACCAGCCAUCAAGGAUUACAACAGGAACAUGGGUGGUGUGGACCUGUCUGAUGCCCUGAUUGGCUACUACACCAUACUGCACAAGACCAAGAAGUGGUACCGGUCUUUCCUGUUCCACUUCAUCGACAUCGCCAUCGUCAACGCCUUCAUCCUUUACAAGGAGAUGGCGAUGUCGCACAAGGCAUUUCGCGAGACCCUGGUGAUGGAGCUGAAAGCGGUUGGGUCUACCACCACAGCCCCUCCACAGCCACCCCCUCCUGCUCCCCCAGGUGCCUUACACAAACCUGUACAUUUUACACAGGAUGGCACCGUAGGUCGGAGGAGGUGUGUCCACUGCCACCAGAGGACCACAGUGAAAUGCUCCUCCUGUGAUGUGUGGCUGUGUUUUACAAUAACCAGGGACUAUUACAACACAUGGCACACCCUGAACAAUUUCUAA